AUGCCAGCUCAGGAGCCAGGGGCCAGAUUCUGUCUCCUGCUGUUCCUGUCUUUGGCCAGCAGUGGGCUGAAUGCAGGUCCGUCCCUCAGGAGCCGCAGUUUCUUCAGCUCACCUGAGAACACUGGUUACUAUGACAUCCAGGCCCAGGACCUGGGCAUGUGGCAUGUGCCCAAAAAGCGCCCCCUGCAGCACUGGAGGAACAGCUCCCUGCUGAGGUACCGCACCAACACUAGCUUCUUCCCGAAUCUGGGACACAAUCUGUUUGGACUCUACCAGAAAUACCCAGUGAAGUAUGGAUCAGAGAGCUGUCAGACUGACAAUGGCCCAGCUAUUCCUCUGGUCUAUGACUUUGGUGAUGCUGAGAAAACUGCACCUUAUUACUCACCAGUUGGUCAGCGGGAAUUUGUUGCAGGAUUUGUCCAGUUCAGGGUGUUUAAUAGUGAGAGAGCAGCCAAUGCCUUGUGUGCUGGGAUGAGAGUCACUGGCUGCAACACUGAGCACAUGAGUCAUGAAGAUACCUGUGGGGUAUCUUCACAGGCAUGA